GUUGAUGGAGCGCAUUAGCAAUUUGUCGGUGUGCUGCUUGGGCCCUGGUUUCUCUUGCAGAAACGGCCGAGGCCGGUUGUUACUAACCGACCCGCCUGCUCAGUUUGGGCCGGCGCGCGCUGUUUCGUGCGCACGGCCGCCGUGCUUACCUUCGACGACGGGCGCGCGCCUUUGCCCUCUCGCGCCAGCCUUCGGCCUCUCGUUCUAUCUCGGGCGCCCGAUUUCUCCGAGACAUGUCCAACCCACACCGCACGCGCGCCCCCGAGCGAGGGCCCGACGGACGGGGCCCAUGAAGCUGGAGGACAUGCCGGGGCGCGCGCACAACGUCAACAACGGGGCCCGGGUUGAAGCCGGGAAAGGCAAAAACUGGGCGCGCGCCGCGGGCCGCCUGCUCGUCCAGUGUUUUGCCCUGUCUUCCUUUGCCAAAAAUCGGGGCGCCUUUUCUUUCGUUUGGGCCCCUCCUUUUGGCGCCGGGCUUGCACGGGCCUGCUACCUACUUGAAGAGCAGGAUCGUUCGAUGGAGCCGGGCCGGACGGCUAAGGCCUACCUAGCGCGGGCAUCAAGCCAGUGCCUUGCACGCCGGCCCAGGCGGCCGGCGUUUGUGCCUGCCUGUGGCAGUUCUAGUGUUGGGCAGGGUAGCCUGGAAGACGCAGGCUCGCCUGAGGGGCGCAGGCAGAGGCCGCGCGCUUCUUUCCGACCGGCUGCCAGUCUGAGAGCUUCUGUCCUGGCCCUGAGAGAGCCCUUUGACAAAGCUUGGGCGUGCUCAUGCCGCGGUCUACCAGGCGUGGAACGCGAGCUGGGAUUUGUUUUGGCUUUUUUGGGACGAUGAACCGAGAAACUACGAUCAUUUGUACACCAUUACGACCAUCUUGGAGGAGAUGAAACAUCUUGAAAAC